AAUUCGAAUCCAUGGAAGGACCGCACCAUAGACUAGUGCGCAACAGCAACAGCCACAACAACAAGAGGGCGGUACAAAGACACAACGACACCCCACCGGCCGCGGAUCAAGGGCAAUCUUUGUCGCUCGCAAUGCCGCAUGGCACCCUUGGAAAGAGUUUGACCCGACCCAAGGGCUCCGGGGCCCGGUGGGCGAGAAGAAAACCCGAACCGGAAAGUGGCUGAUCCGCGGGUCUUUUGUCACGGGCGAUGUCUCGAUGUGCCGCACCGGCGACACCUACCACCCGAUGUAGUGAUCCGACCGCCUCGGGCUUUUCUUUGGUGGCACUUCUCUCGCUGCAAGGUCGAUGAAUCCGAAAAAAAUACCCCGGCACGGGACACUCCAUCCGAUUGAAACGCACUUUCUUUGUGGCCAGGAUCGCAACCAGUAUCGCGGCAUGUGUUGGCAAUAAACACCGUAGGAAAAUCCCAGAACACCCACGCCGAGUGGCGGCACCACACGAAACGGUUUUGGUGUUUCGGGCGCAUGCGGUGGCAGGGCUUUCGCAACGAUUGGUCGUCCGCUGGCGUGGUUCCGACCCCUGUCCAGAGCGCGCUUGGUUCGGAAUUUCGGUCUUUUUUCGGCGAUCUUCGGGAGCAAGAGGUGGCGUGGAGUCUUUACGGAACAAAGAGGUCGGAACCGCCAAGCUACGGGCCAGACAAAAUUCGAAACACCACUACCGGUUCCCGGGUUUGUAGUCGCUAGCUCGCAGUGAAACUCGUACGGUAGAUUGUGGGUUGAUUCCUUUAUCGUAGCACAUAGUAUGCUCUGAUCUAGGUGUGAAAAGCAACGAAAGUAUUGGUAGUCGACAAGGUUUUUCAAAAUUUGGUUUCGUUACUACUGCUUGCGAUCUUUUUAUCUUCAAAUGUUGUCUAAUGUUGACUUGAUAAAAUGUCUUUUAUGUAGAAACUUGUACAAUACUACUAUGUAUAAAACUAAUGUGUGCGAAGAAGGAAUCGCUAAAUCUCGCAUCUUCCGAUUGUUGUGUGAGUAAGUGUCGAGCUCGUUUAUCUCCCUUGGGCAAUGCCCUCGGGACACGUGCACUGGAUCUCGAAGGUGUACUCCACAAUUCCGUAGUUCCCGUUCUCGUAUUCCUGUGGGGCUCUGCAGCACUUGUCGAUCGCCACCUCGUCGCUGUGCAGUCCCAAAACGGUUUCGUCCUUCUUCGAGGCGAAGUAGAUGCUGACGAGGGCAAAGGGGUCGACGUUCGGGUACUCGUGGCAGCCCACCUCGAUCUCGGGCGCCUCGGUGUUGCAGCCGGGGGUAAAGGGCAUGCUCUCGCACACGGGGUCCAUGAAGUGCUUGCCGACCUUCUUCACGUGCUUGACGUAGAUGUCGGUGAAGUUGGCGAAGGGGCUGUCUACCUUAAACUUGACGGUCUUGGCCGAGGACAUAUCCUUGGGAUCCUCGAUGAUGAUGUCGUACAGGAUGGGUUCGUUCUCGGGGAUGGGGGCGGACGACUUGAGUAGCUUCACAACACCGUCCGGUCGGGAUGGACAGGCGGUUGUGCUGGUCAGGGGCUUGAUCGUUUCGUCGCAUGCCGGGGGAUGGACGACCUCGCAGAUCUGGUCCAGGUCGUUCUUGUCCGGCAAUGGGAGCGGACCGGAAGCGGGAUCGAACUCAUAGUUGUGCAACUCGGCGUAUCCGUCGAUGGUGAGAGACCCACCGACGAUCAUGCGACCGGAGUGGCCGUCGGCCUUGAAUAUGAGGUCGCCCCGGGGCAUAAUGAUCGAACCUUGGAACUCAUAGUAUCCAUCCAUCGUGAUGGUUCUGCGGGUGGGGAAGACCCAAGCAAUACUGGAGGUCAGCGACGAGGGGAAGGUGUCCUUGCCGCAGAUGGGAGCGUCGGUCGUCAUGGCGUCGGCCGGAUGGAAGCACAUGGCGGGGACGUUGAAGUCACCGCUUCCUUUGACGAUGAUCAUGAUGGUCUUCCCGAUCAAUCCCUUCGAAAACACGACGCCUAUAACAUCGGAAGAAAUCGGAUCGAUCUUGAAGAUCUGGACGGGAUUGUGGUCGGGUCCCGCAUCGAAGGUCAACACAUCGCCCUCAACGGUAGCUACACCGUUUGCGGGGAGGCCGGACCAAUAGUUGGUCUUUUGCUUCAGCAGGGUGAGUUCCUUUCUCCACCGAGAUAAAUCCAGCUCGGGGUCCCUCUUGAAGUCGCCGUGCGUGUGCACAUGGUUUUCUUCAAGGACGGUCAUGUUGGUUCCGCACUCGACUCCGUUGAGGGUGCAGCCUCUUCCGUAGAGAAGAUGGCAGGAUCUGUGGCUGUUGUCGAACUCGUACAUGAUCAUCUUGGAUUCGGCAAACGAUGCAUCGAUCUCGAGAUCUCUUCCGACCUCGAUGCACACGGUGUUCUCGAAGGGCUGGAUGAGGGAUCCGUGGAUGGUCGCAGCCAAUCGGCCGCACGCCCCCUCGUCCAGCUUCGCGUCCUUCAUGAAGACACCACGGCCCUCGAAUCCAGCCCCGCUCUUGCAAUGGAAAUUGCCACCGACCAAAACGGACAGGGAAUUGUCGUGCCCGACCGUGAAGCCGCCGUCUCCGUAGAUCGCAUUGAUCUGUGGGUAGGCCAGGGAAUAGGAACCCUUUCCAGUUGACGCGGAAAGCCCGGCACCGAGGUUGGCGCAAUCUCCGUAGUCGGUUUCGACAUCGGGAAAUUCCAGCAGGUUUUCCUCCUCUUCGCCGCUGUUCUUGGUGAGUUCGUCGAUCACCUCGAUCUCUCGAUCGAUCUCGGGGUUGCCGGCGCAGGCCUCCAUCUGGCAGGCAAUCAUCUGAUCGGAAUCCUUGCACUGCUCGAUGACAGCGUCGGGAUCGGGGCAUGCAUAGACAUCGAAAGCCUCAAAGACCUGUUCCUCGCACUUGUAGUCCUCGAAGGUAAGGCCCUCUUCGUAGGCUAGGAACGAUUGGUCUUGCGUAACGCACCAGUUCUCGACGCAGUAUUUGAAAGAUGCCUCGAUGCGGUCGUGGUCGGGGAUCACGAGGGUUUGUCCGUCGGGAGCCAUCCAGUCGUCCCUGGUGUCCUUCGUGGGGGUUCCCAGGAGACCCAGCGACGAUUCGAUGAAUUCUCCUUCCUCCUCGCGCGGCAGGCAGAUGAAGUAGGAAAGGAUGCAGGACCAUUCCGUGAAGGGACCGCUGCCCUCGAUCCAGACGAUAUGGGAGGAGUAAUACUUCUGGCCGUUUUCGUCGAUGCCGGCAAGGUGCUUGAAGUUGAUCUGGCUCCAGUCUGCAAUAAUCUGAGCACUGUAGU